AGCCCUGAAUAAAAAAAAAAGAAUAAAAUUGAAGGUUGAUUAGCGACUACUCCAUUCUGAGUUCAUCCAUUAGGGUUCCGUAACAGCAUUUGAGUGCAGAGUGGUGAAAGACGAAAACAUUGUUGUUUAUCUUCCUUUCCCCGAAAAGUUUCAGGCAGGUGGUUCGUUGAUUUCUUCGUUCGCCUCAGCCUCACCAUCUUCAACGUGGCAAUUGGUAGUGAUGGGAAGAGAAUCGUCCCGAUCAAGGUCACCGUCGCAUUAUAGACGUAGUAGAAAAUCUCACAGGGGACGCAGCAGAUCGCCUUACAAUCAUAGCAGAAGAAAAAGUCGUUCCAUUUCUCCACGUCGGCACAAAAAUCGCUCUCGCACUCCAAGACGUCGUAGAAGUCGUUCAACAUCGCCUAAGCGCCAUAGGCGCCACCCAAGUCAUAAUACCUCCUUAUCUCCUCAACAUAAAUCUCCUAGUCAAAACCUUGAUUUGAUAGAGCACAAAAGCGUUAAUGACAAGCUGAAACUAGAAGAAGAGAAACAAAGGCGUCAGCAGGAAGCAGAAUUAAAACUAAUCGAGGAGGAAACUACCAGGAGAGUGGAGGAAGCAAUUCAGAAAAAAGUUGCUGAUAGUUUAGACUCUCAGGAGAUUAAGCUAGAAAUACAGAUGCUCUUGGAUGAAGGUAGAAAGAAGCUAACUGAAGAGGUUGCUGCUGAGCUAGAGCGAGAAAAGCAAACAGCUCAAAUCGAGGCUCAGCGGAAAGAGGAGCAAGCUCGAAAGGAGAAAGAAGAGCUUGAAAAGAUGCUGGAAGAGAACCGUCGGAGGCUUGAGGAAGCGCAGAGGCUAGAAGCACUAGAGCAGCAGGAAAUGGAAGAGAAACGUUAUCGGGAACUUGAAGAGAUGCAAAAAAAGAAGGAAGAGGCCAUGCGGAGGAAGAGACAACAAGAGGAGGAAGAACGGAUGAAACAAAUGGUGUUGCUUGGGAAGAACAAGUCUAGGCCUAAACUGUCAUUUGCCCUCAACUCAAAAUGACCAAACAUUAUAACAUGUGAAGACUUGAGUUACAAAUCGAACGAAUCUCUCAUUCCGAGUUAAUGUGGAUAUGAUUUUGGUGCUUGUCGAUCUUGUUUUCGAUGUUAUAGCUUGUAAAUUUAUCAAGUGAACCCUUCAGAUGUUUCACCAAGAGAUACUAUCUCCGUUGGUUGCAAUUUCCAAUUUAGGUUUGUACCCAAUUUUGCUUGUUUAAGACUAGUCAAGACAUGCCUUCCUCAAGUCUAAAUCCAAAAUCGUAAGGAUUGUAGUACUUAAUGUUGUAAAUGUUAGGAACGACAAUUCUGUCUGAAUUUACUCUUAAUCAUAUAAUUAAUUGAUGAAAAUCAUAUUGGUUCCUCCAAA